UGGGUCGGGCCGCCUCCGCGCUCAGCACCCGCGCGCCCCGCAGCCAUGGGCGCCUCGGCCUCCAGCCAGCUGGACGAGGGCAAGUGCGCCUACAUCCGAGGGAAAACUGAGGCUGCCAUCAAAAACUUCAGUCCCUUCUACAUUCGCCAGUACUCGGUGGCUUUCUGCAACCACGUGCGCAGUGAGGUAGAACAACACAGAGAUUUGACGUCACAGUUUUUGAAGACCAAGCCGCCACUGGAUCCUGGAACUGUUUUGUAUGAAGCAGAACUAUCACAGUUUGCCGAAGAUAUAAAGAAAUGGAAGGAGAGAUACAUCGUGGUUAAAAAUGAUUUUGCUGUGGAGAGUUACGAGAACAAAGAGGCCUAUCAGAGAGGAGCUGCUCCUAAAAGCCGAAUUCUUCCAGCUGGUGGCAAGGUGUUAACCUCGGAAGAGGAAUACAAUUUAUUAUCUGAUCGGCAUUUCCCAGACCCUCUUGCAUCCAACGAGAAGGAGAACGCCCAGCCCUUUGUGGUCCUGCCGAAGGAGUUCCCGGUAUACCUGUGGCAGCCGUUCCUCAGACAUGGCUACUUCUGCUUCCACGAGGCCGCCGAGCAGAAGAAGUUCCACGCUGUCCUGAGCGACUGCAUCAGACAUCUGAACCACGAUUACAUGAAGCAGACGACGUUCGAAGCCCAAGCCUUUGUAGAAGCGGUGCAGUUCUUCCGGCAGGAGAAAGGUCACUACGGCCCGUGGGAAAUGAUGACUGGGGAUGAAAUCCAGAUCCUGAGUCACCUGGUGAUGGAGGAGCUGCUGCCCACCCUUCAGACAGACCUUCUGCCUAAAAUGAAGGGGAAGAAGAAUGACAGGAAGCGGGCCUGGCUCGGGCUCCUGGAGGAGGCCUACAACCUGGUUCAGCACCAAGUUUCAGAGGGAUUAAGCGCCUUGAAGGAGGAAUGCAGGGCCCUGACCAAGGGCCUGGAAGGCACCAUCCGUUCAGACAUGGAUCAGAUCGUGAACUCCAAGAACUUUUUAGCUGGGAAGAUCAAAGCGAUGGUGGCCCAGCCAGCGGAGAGAAGCUGUGCGGAGAGCGUGCAGCCAUUCCUGGCUUCCAUCCUGGAGGAGCUCAUGGGGCCCGUGAGCUCAGGGUUCGGCGAGGUCCGCUCGCUCUUUGAAAAGGAAGUGGAGGAACUGAGCCAGAACUUUCAGACCAGCAAAGACGGCGCCCAGCUAAAGGAGCAUCUGGACCAGCUUAUGAACCUCCCAUUGGAUUCUGUGAAGAUGGAACCUUGUUAUAGCAAAGUCAUCCUGCUUCAGGAGCGCUUGCAGGAUCUCAAGAGCCGUUUUAGGUUUCCCCACGUGGACCUGGUGGUACACCGGACCCAGAACUACAUGCAAGAGCUCAUGCAGAACGCGGUCUUCACGUUUGAACAGUUGCUUUUCCCACAUCUCCAAGGAGAGGCCUCCAAAACAGCAGUCGCCAUUGAGAAGGUUAAACUCCGAGUCUUAAAGCAAUAUGAUUAUGACAGCAGCACCAUCCGGAAGAGGCUAUUUCAAGAGGCACUCGUUCAAAUCACACUUCCCACCGUGCAGAAGGCUCUGGCGUCCACGUGCAAACCAGAACUUCAGAAAUACGAGCAGUUCAUCUUCGCAGAUCACACCAACAUGAUCCAUGUCGAAAACGUGUACGAGGAGAUUUUACACCAGAUGCUCCUUGAUGAAACCCUGAAAGUGAUCAAGGAAGCUGCCAUCCUGAAGAAACACAACCUAUUUGAAGACAACGUGGCCUUGCCCAGUGAAAGCGUGUCCAGCUUAACCGAUCUCAAGACCCCCGUGGGGUCAAACCAGGCCAGCCCUGCAAGGAGAGCCUCGGCCGUCCUGCUGGGGGCUGCUGACAGUGAGACCCCGAGCAAUGACGUGUUCCAGGAGUCGGGGGGAAAGCAGCAGCCUGCGGUCCCUAGCCCGCUGGCCACAGGAGAAAGCCUGUCUUCCCCAGGUGGGGACAGGCAGCUGAUGAUUAUUUCAGGCCUGGGUGACCCAGCUGUGAGUCCCGUGGCCGCAGAGGACAUGGCAGGAGACGGGGGCGCACGCUCGUCAGAGCUGGAGGUUGGAGGGUCUCCAGCAGACACAGAAGCCGCCCACGAAAAGCCAGACUCCAUCUCUGCCUCAUGCUCCUUGAAGGAGCUCAGAAAUCUGUUGACGGUGACCGUUGACGUACCGAUGGUGUCUGCUGCCCUCGACAUCGAAAGAGAUACACAUCAGGAGGCCCUUGUUCCCCAAGAAAUGGAAAAAGAAGAGGAAACAACCCGAAUCUGCACAGAGGCCAGUGAAGCAUCUGCCUCUGGUCGGGACAACAGUGAAGACGGUGGAGUCAGGGAGAGCGAGGCCCAUUCUCCGGCUGCAGAGGCGCAGGCCGGUGGGGUGGAGUUGGGGGGAUGUGUAGAGGCUCAGCCAGCCUGCAGAGGGCUCAGCCAGGGUGCCAGCGACCCAGGCCCCACAGAGGAGCAGGCAGAGGCUGGGGAGCCCGCUGGGAGCUCGCUCGCAGGGGAGUCUUCCAGACCCGAUGCCCACGAAGGAGGUAAGGCCAGUGCACAAGGGGGGUGCCUUUUAGGUUCUGACCCCAUCGGCCCCAGUGAGAGCCAGGUCUCUGCGGCAGAAGCGGUGGCAGGGGAAAGAGGCCCCGGCCAGGCUACUGCCAGCGUGGGCGCCGAGGAGGCUAAGGGCCUCCGUGUCCACGAGUGUCAGUGGGUGGUCGAGAAUGCUCCAAACACCGACACCCUAGGUCCACAGAACGAGGACGUGAGGGAGAGUCCCCCGGAGCAGCCCUCGGAGGAGUGAGAGAGACGAUUUGGCAAAAGUAUUUCUUUGAACAAACUCAGCCAGUGGGUUAGUUAUGGGUACACUUAGGGGGUGCAUGCUAUUGUUACCAAAAAAUGUUAUUAGGUACUUUCUUAACUUGUAGAAUAAAAUCAGAGGGAAUGCACACAGGGCGUGAGCACUGAGCAGACCUCUGUGGAACCGAACUUCUCUGCUAUAAGUUAUCGCUUUAGAAUUUUAAUAGGAAUUACAGGGGUAACGGAGUGUUUGGGAUGAGAGGCAGCGUAGGGUGUUCAAGGCGGGAAGUGGACGGAAAAAAACAGCAGGAGCACGGUUUUCAAUACACUCUGCACGGUUUCUUCUUAUGCACUUUGAGGCUUUUCAGUUCUUUGUGAGAAUGCAAUUAUACUGUACAUCCAUUCACCGUCUACUGCGCCGACUCUUAAGGACUCAGCACUUGGCCACAGUCAGGCUGCAGGAAAGAGGAGGUGGUGAACACCAGCUGCCACAGCUGUGUGCAGACCCCCAGGGCCCGAGAGCGCUCAGGGGAGGCUGAGCAGAAACGGAGGAAGGCUGUGGUCUGUGGAACUGUCUGGGCCUGUUGCUAAUUCUGCUAUCAGUCUUGUUAAUUAAUCUUGUUGAUUCUUAUUAAUUAAUCACUUUCUGGGGAAAUUCUAACGAGGCAAGAAUAUUUCCCUGGCAUGUUAAGCAUUCCAAAUUAGCCUUAGAUGGUGCAGAGAGUGAGCUUAGCUAAAUUAUUGGGUGUAAAGCCUACCAAUGACACGAACGUUAUUGAAAACAGCUACUCCAUGCCACAUGCUGUGUUCGGCAUUGCACCAGGAAAAAAAAAAAAAGUAAAAAGA